GUUCAUGAUAGUUUCAUGUAAAGUUUUUUUCCCCUUAUUUCAUUCUAUCACACUUUGUUUGUUUUAAUAGAAAAAAUUAUUAUUAUUAUUUCUUGACAUAAAAUAAAGUUUUUUUUUUCUUUUUUUCUCUCUUUAGCUUCCUUUCUGCCCAUUAAACAUUGAAAAUGGCAGAUUAAGAAUCAUCAUUUCCCCUCUAAAGGAAACACUCAUCAUUGCUCCCAACAAUCUUUUUUUUUUUACCUUAGAAACAUAAGCUUCUAAGAAACAUUCUCUUUCUUUUUUCCAUUCUUCAACAAUAUAAAUAUAACUCUUUUGUUAACUUUUUUUCUCCCCUCUUUCUCUCAAAGUUUUAAAUUAAAAAAUGGAUCCUUCUUCUACAAACUCUGUUAAUGGUUUCUACACUUUUUUAACAAGAGGUAUUGAUGAUCUUGAAAGAGUUUUUCUCUCUAAUAACUUCAUGUCUAUUCAAUUCCUUCAAAGGGUACUUUCCCUUUUAAGAUCUUUUCACACACAAUUAACACUUCUUGUUCAAAAACUUCAUUUGCCUGUUGGUGAAAAGUGGCUUGAUGAAUAUAUGGAUGAAAGUUCUAAGCUUUGGGAAGUUUGUCAUGUUCUUAAGACUGGCAUUUCUGGAUUGGAGAAUUACUAUUCUUCUGGUUUUAAUGUCAUUUCUUCUCUUGAUAAUCAUCAACAUCUUACCCCACAAUUAUCUAGACAGGUGAUUAGAGCAAUAACAGGGUGUAGAAGAGAAGCAAUUGGAUUAGAAGAAGAAAACAGAGCAUUAAUGGAAACAAGAAUUGAGCCACUUUCAUUAAGAUUUGAUGAAAUUGUUUCAGUAGAAUCAAAGCUAAAUGGAUUUAAUGGAUUCAGAGGAGUACUUUAUGCAAUGAGAAAUGUUAGUUCAGUCUUGCUAAUGAUUUUGCUUCAUGGAUUAGUCUAUUGCUGGCCUGAAUCAUCUUCCUCUGAUUUUUCAAGAUCAGAAACAGGGUGUUUGUUUUUUGGUUCAAAUUUCAUGAUCUCAACCUCAAGAUUACAACAACGAAUUGGUUCUCAGAUUAAUCAGAUGAAUUCGGGGAGGCAAUCGAUUUUGUUGUAUGAAUUUAGGAGAUCAAAAGCAGCCAUGGAUGAACUUAGAGGAGAAUUGGAGAACAAAUGUGAAAAUGGGAUUAUAAGAGAAAGAGUUGAGAAUUUGAAAGGGUAUUUUGGGGUUUUGAAAAAUGGUACUGAGAAUAUUAUUGGACAAUUAGAUGAUUUUUUUGAUGAAAUUGUUGAAGGAAGGAAGAAACUUUUGGAUUUCUGCAGCCAUAGAUAAAAUUAAAAAAAAUAAAAAUUAGAAGAAAAAAAAAAAAAGAAAUACAAGUAGGGGAAAAAAAUCUGUAGUUGUUGGUUGUAUCUUUUGUUGGUUUUUAUUUAAUUUAAUUUUCCUCUCUCUCUAUUAAUCUUUUUUU